AUGUUGGCGACCAAAACACGCCGCUUCCCUGUUCAUGCUGCCGCAGGCGUGUGGUUAUGCACAAUAAUUGCUGCGCAGAUUGGCAUGGCCCUGCUCGGCCUCUGCUACUCAGUCGAAGAUCAAGAUGCUCUUGCCCUCGUAGUUACCGAGGGAAAGGUUUCGGUACCUGACAUGUCAAGUAUACAGACAGCAAAGAUUGUCAACGGCCCUUCUUCUCCUGAGGCUGAAGAGUACACUGCCAACAACUACGGCCAGAUUUCCCUCGCAUUUACCACUGGCACCCCCGACGACCAUCCGGAAAUUGGUACCAUCUGGACCCCUUCGAACCCUCUCAUGUUUUGCGGCGUAGACUACUGCGAUUACAUUUUCCACGAAGAGUCUGUCGAUUCAAGCGUAGACAAUGGUAACGGAGGCGAGGACCAGGACGAAGACAGCACGCCUCCAAAGACCCUCGUCGUCACGACAGACCGAAAUAUUGUCUCCACAGCUACAUGUCACAGCUGGCGCGUCGUGAAGGGAGCCAGCGGCAACGAAACCAUUAUAACGAUAGACACCACCGCCGACGACAUCACGAAUCGCGAUAAGAAUGUCACCAUUCCUGUCCGAGGUGGCGUCAACCAGACAACAUACAUGACGGACAACUCUGAGAAUUGUGGCGCUGGAUGUCGACUCGUCAACGCAUUCGAGGUAUCAGAUGCGGCGGCAUGGUACUACAGCUGCAAUGUGACAGUCAGCAGAGUAGCCAAUGGCACCAUCCCCGAGCACGAAGUUUCCGAAUCAUUGAGGUCAAUGGCAGCCGCUUCAAUAGCUCUCCAGGGGAGCGCGGUUCUGUCUCUGGACAACGACAACAUCCAAUACCAAAUCUACCCGUCAGAGUCAAUAUUUGGCCUUCCGAACCUUGGCCAAAACAGCUCGAUGGCGAUGGUCAUGGCCCGCUUUGCCAUCGGAACCGUCGCCGUUGCCGCACACGCCAACGAUCCUAUCGUGGUCAACGGCUUCGCACCGGUAGAAGGCUCACACGUGGUCAUUGAUCACUGGGACUACGCGAUUCUCAUCCUCAACUCUGUCGUUUUUGCGCAGUUCGUGCUUGGUGUUGCGACUGCCGUCGUAGCCAGCCGCGUCGUGAUACCGGAGGGAGGGCCGAUUGCUAUGGCGCAGGUGCUGAGGGCCAUUGCUGAUCGUGUCCAAGGCUGUGACGGAGACGAUGCAAUGUCAUCGGGCGGAGAGGGAGGUGUUUGGAUUUACAAAGCUGUGAAGACGGCGGAAAAGGGGACGUACGACUUGUACAUGGAAGAGCGACCCUGCGGCCCGAAUAACACGCACAGCAUGGAGCUGUCUUAG